UCCUCAGGGCCUUUAGCCACUCUGGCAGGUGUGUAUCAAGAUGUGAAGGGGCAGAGGCUGGAGGCGCUGUGGAGAGAGGCUGUUUCUUUGUGGACUGAUGGGCUGGUGGAGCUCCUACCUGCUCUGAUGGAAAACCCUCAGCUUAGACCACUCGCUCAGGCCUGUGUCACCACGCUCAGCGCCGCCCUGGAUAUGGGAGGACAGCAAACCUACCACUGGGUGGAGACCAGGUUGGCGAUGGCUCUGUCUGGAGUCAGGAAACGUCUUGCAUCUGUCUACAAAUUCUCCCCGAGCGAGCGUUCAAUGAUCAUAUCAGUGCCAUUGCCAUCGCUGCGCUGGCCCAGGGCAGCCCAGACUGGUCUGGUGGAGAUCCUCCUGGAAGAGUGGCUCCUGGGGCCCCUGCAGACCCUCGCAUCCAUCCGACCAGUAGCCGAACUCUAUCGGCUGAAAAGGAAGAUCAUGGACAGCCCAUUCAUAUAUCAAGCUCUGUUGGUGGCUGAUCAGUUUGUGGUGACAUUCGAUGGUCACCUGUACGAACUCCCGCGCUCCUGUCCUCUGCUCCUCGCUCAGGAUGUCAGCGCUGAGUCCUCAUUCACGCUAAUGCUUGGUUCUCACUCAAACACCUUCCUACUAAUUGGAAUGGAUAACAACACCAUCAACAUUCAGCGAAAUGGACAGGUGAAGGCCAACUGCAACAGCGCUGUAACGCACACUUUUCGCAGUGACAAUGGAGUGACUGUCAGGAGAGGGUCGAACGCCGUUCAGGUUUCCAAUCAGCAUGGAGCGUCAGUGUCAUGUGACCUGCUGUUUCAGGUGUGCAGCUUCACUCUUGAUGGAUGGCUGCACGGCUCGUCCACUGGUCUGUUGGGGACCAAUGACAAUGAAGCAGGAAAUGAUUUCCCUUUGCCUGAUGGAUCUCAAGUUGAGAACAUGGGCAGGUUUUUCCACAGUUGGCAGAUGAAACCAGACUGUAUUAAACCAUCAGGUGUAAAUGAGCACUCUCCAGAAGCAGCCAUCAGCCAUGUGAGCUGUGACUUCCUGUUCUCUUCUCCUGACUCCCCUCUGAGCUCCUGUUUCAGGGUGGUCAGUCCCACUCAGUUCUUGUCUGUUUGUGAGAUGAGCUCCUCCAGAGCUCCCUGCAGACUAGCAUCUGCUUUUGUUCACCUCUGUCAGCAGAACUACAUACCUCUGGAGGUGCCUGUGCAGUGCUUGAAAGUAUGAAGAAGGGAUAAGCUGCUGUGAAGCAAAGACAGAAAUCUAUGACCUCUUUUAGCUGCUAGAUCAAAAUUUUAACUUUUAUACCACUGUUUGUGCUAUGCAUUACAUAUUAUUCUUUAUUUUGUAUUCAAUUUUGUAUUGUUACACAUAAUUACACCUAUAAUAUUGAUACUGUGCCAAUAAUGAGAAUGUGAACAAAUAACUACAGAGAGCAGUUCAUAAGUAACCAUGUGGCCUCGUUUUGUUUUUCUGUGGUCUGUAGUACAAACACUGAAUAUUUUUGUGAUUGCCCUUUGUAAAAAAAACAGUGACUAAUUCUCACAAAUUAACUUUGAUCAUAAAACGAACCAUGUUUGUUUACAUUCAGUGCUUGUAUUGAUUUAUUAUUAAACAGUUUGUCAAAUAUUUA